AUGGCCGCUGAUGCUCCGAGGCAGUGUGUGCCCUUGACCUGCCACGGUCACUCGAGACCUGUCCCCCACAUAAGCUUCUCUGGAUUGCAGAAGGACGGUGGCUACUACUUGAUAUCUGCCUGCAAAGACAACAACCCCAUGCUGCGUGACGGCCAGACUGGAGAUUGGAUAGGCACCUUCAUCGGACACAAGGGUGCAGUCUGGCAAGCAAGACUGAGUCACGAUGCCCUCUCUGCCGCAACCGCCUCGGCCGAUUUUACUGCCAAGGUCUGGGAUCCCCACACGGGCGAAUGCCAUUACACUAUUUCCCAUAAUCACAUUGUUCGAGCCGUAGCCUUCCCGCCCGACAACUCGGAUCUUAUUGCCACUGGUGGUUACGAGAAGAAACUGCGCAUCUUUGACCUGUCGGAAGCUUCAGCCUCUGCACCCCCUGUAUCGCCCGAAAAUGGCGACGGCAAGGCGCAAGAUGGUAUCACCAUCAAGGCCGAGAAUGGGUUUGAGAUUGGCGCAGGUAGUCACCAGGCUUCCAUCAAGUUUAUCGUAUGGACAAGAGACACGAACGUGCUGGUAACCGCUGCUGGCAACACGUUGCGCUGGCUCGAUCUUCCGUCUCGCAGCGUAAUCAAAGAGGAAGUCCUGGACGGCGAAAUUGGUUCCUGCGAGUUCAACUCACCUGCCCCAGAUUUACUGGAAGGCUCGGACAUUGGUGGUGGUCUGCCAGUUCUAGCUGUGGCAGCUGGCAAGAUGGUCUACUUUUGGGGUGGUGCCCAAGCUAUGGAUGAGUUGAAGCGAACCAAGCUGGGAUACAAGGUCGCCAGUGUUGCAGUGGACACCAAGGGCAGAAGGUUUAUUGUGGGAGAGGAUACCCCCUCUACCUGGGCUCGUGUCUACCAGUGGGAUGAUGAGAGUGAAUACGAUGUUCACAAGGGUCACCACGGACCCGUUUGGUCGUUGGCCUAUGCUCCAGACACUAAACUCUACGCAACCGCAUCCGAGGACGGCACAAUCAAGCUUUGGAAGAAUUGUGAUGGUCCUUACGGCUUGUGGCGAGCUGGCGAUGCCCAACCUGCCUAG